CCCCGCCUCGCCCUGCAGCCUGGCCGGCGGGGAGGGAUGCGCCGUGCCGCCCUGCUCCCCUCCGCCCUGCCCGCGCCCUGAAGCAGAAAGUUUGGGGGUCCCCCUCCAGUGACCGCCCACGGACUCCGGCUGCCCAGCCUCGACGGUGACCGGCCUUCGCUCCCCAGGUCGGAAUGAAUUAUUCCAAGGCGCCCCUUCCUCGCCCCUCCCUCAUCCGCCUUUAAAAACAAUUAUAUAUACAGAUAUAUGUAUAUAUAUUUUUUUAAAUUGGAGAAAUUGUGGUCCGCCCCCCGGCCCCCUCCUGGUUAAGAACCGAAGACCCCCCCCCCCAGGCCUGGUUUCUGAGUGCGAGGAGGGGUGCGGUCUCCCCCCCGCCCCCCUCAGCCGGCGCGCGAGGAGGACGGAGUCCCCUUGCCGACCCACAUACACCAUGCAAAGGUGCAAGUCGGACGAGCUGCAGCCGCCGCCGCCGCCGCUGCCGCCGCCGCCGCCGCGGGGCGAGGAGGAUGGAGCCGGGCUGGAGGAGGCGGGCGGACCCCUGCCGGCCGCGGACCCCCGGCCCGGGGAGGCCUCGGGCGCCAACUCCGCGGGCGGCCCAACUUCCGACGCCGCCGCCGCGGGGCCCCCCAACCCGGGUCCCCGGAGCAAGCCUCCCGAUUUGAAGAAAAUCCAGCAGCUCUCAGAGGGCUCCAUGUUUGGCCACGGCCUGAAGCACCUGUUCCACAGCCGCCGCCGGUCUCGGGAGAGGGAGCAGCACCAGGCGUGUCCGGAUUCCCAGCCUGCGCCCCAGCAGCCCGGCAUGUCGGACCAUGACUCCCCGGACGAGAAGGAGCGCUCCCCGGAGAUGCACCGCGUCUCCUACGCCAUGUCCCUGCACGACCUGCCCGCACGGCCCACGGCCUUCAACCGCGUGCUGCAGCAGAUCCGCUCCCGGCCCUCCAUCAAGAGGGGCGCCAGCCUGCACGGCGGCAGCGGAGGAGGAGGGGGCGGUGGCGGUGGGGGGAGCAGCGGUCGGCGCACAAAGAGCAGCUCCCUGGAGCCCCAGCGAGGCAGCCCCCACCUGCUGCGCAAGGGCCCCCAGGAGAGCGGCCUGGCCGCCAUCCUGCACCAGCACCAGUGCCGGCCCCGCUCCUCCUCCACCACCGACACCGCCCUGCUGCUGGCCGACGCGGGCAGCGGGUACCUCCUGGCCGAGGAGGCCGAAGGCGUCGGGGACAAGGGCGACAAAGGAGACCUUGUGGCCCUGAGCCUCCCUUCCGGCCCCGGCCACGGCGACAGCGAUGGCCCCAUCAGCCUGGACGUCCCGGAUGGGGCCCCGGACCCCCAGCGCACCAAGGCCGCCAUCGACCACCUGCACCAGAAGAUCCUGAAGAUCACGGAGCAGAUCAAGAUCGAGCAGGAGGCGCGGGACGACAACGUGGCGGAGUACCUGAAGCUGGCCAACAACGCGGACAAGCAGCAGGUGUCGCGCAUCAAGCAGGUGUUCGAGAAGAAGAACCAGAAGUCGGCGCAGACCAUCGCGCAGCUGCACAAGAAGCUGGAGCACUACCGCCGGCGCCUGCGGGAGAUCGAGCAGAACGGGCCGUCGCGGCAGCCCAAGGACGUCCUGCGGGACAUGCAGCAGGGCCUCAAGGACGUGGGCGCCAACGUGCGCGCGGGCAUCAGCGGCUUCGGCGGCGGCGUGGUGGAGGGCGUCAAGGGCAGCCUCUCGGGCCUCUCGCAGGCCACGCACAGCGCCGUGGUGUCCAAGCCCCGCGAGUUCGCCAGCCUCAUCCGCAACAAGUUCGGCAGCGCCGACAACAUCGCGCACCUGAAGGACCCGCUGGAGGACGGGGCCCCCGAGGAGGCGGCGCGCGCGCUCAGCGGCAGCGCCACGCUCGUGUCCAGCCCCAAGUACGGCAGCGACGACGACUGCUCCAGCGCCAGCGCCAGCUCCGCCGGGGCCGGCAGCAACUCGGGCGCCGCGGGGCCCGGGGCCGCGCUGGGCAGCCCCAGGUCCGCGGCGCUCUACAGCGGAGCCCCCGCCAACCUGGACGCCCUGCUGGAGGAGCUGCGCGAGAUCAAGGAGGGCCAGUCCCACCUGGAGGACUCCAUGGAGGACCUGAAGACCCAGCUGCAGAGGGACUACUCCUACAUGACCCAGUGCCUGCAGGAGGAGCGCUACAGGUACGAGCGGCUGGAGGAGCAGCUCAACGACCUGACUGAGCUUCACCAGAACGAGAUGACCAACCUGAAGCAGGAGCUGGCCAGCAUGGAGGAGAAGGUGGCCUACCAGUCGUACGAGAGGGCGCGAGACAUCCAGGAGGCUGUGGAGUCCUGCCUGACCAGAGUCACCAAGCUGGAGCUGCAGCAGCAGCAGCAGCAGGUGGUGCAGCUGGAGGGCGUGGAGAAUGCCAACGCGCGGGCGCUGCUGGGCAAGUUCAUCAACGUGAUCCUGGCGCUCAUGGCCGUGCUGCUGGUGUUCGUGUCCACCAUCGCCAACUUCAUCACGCCCCUCAUGAAGACGCGCCUGCGCAUCGCCAGCACCGCCCUCCUGGUCCUCGCCCUCUUCCUGCUCUGGAAGCACUGGGACGUCCUCACCUACCUCCUGGAGCACGUGCUGCUGCCCAGCUGAGCAGCGGCCCCGCCCCGCCCCGCCACCCCGGCCCCCUCCCCAGGGCCGCACCUCUCCAGGAGGGACCCCGGGACGCCUGUGUCCCUUGGACUUCAUUAUGUGUUGGGUUUGGCCUCUUGCCCAAACUGUCCAUUUGGCAGCUCCUGCCCUUUCUCUGUACUUGCUUCUGUCCAACGCCUUCUCCCUGUUGGCCCUGGCUGGAGGUAGAGGGGACACCUUGGCCAAAUGAAGCAGAGGAGGACACAGGGUCGGAUGGUUUCGAUUAUUUACAGUCCCACAGGGCAUCUCCCAACUGGCCGUGGGAUGGCCCAGGCCGGGAAGGUCACUAAGACAGGAAAAAGCCAGCUCCUCCCGAGGAGCUUCCCCCGGGAG